ACUUAACCACUAGGCCACGGGGCCGGCCCCAAUGUGACUUUUUUUGUACUGUGAGAAAUUUUAUGUAACUGUUUUCUGAUUCUUGAGUUUGAAAAAUGAGGUCUGAGUAUGGGCUGUGAAGCCUCUCUCUGCCCAGGGAGCUGCAUAUCUAAACCCUGAAAAUACGAGAUCUUGGACACAGCUGAAUGGCUCUGAGCACUUGACUUCACUGGGGUUUCCAGCCUGGGAAGGGCUGACAGGAUCCAGCACUUUUCUCCAGGGUCAGCAAAGGGCAGAGGUUUGAAGUUAGGCAUCACUGGGUUCUCAGCUGGGCGUCCAAGGCCCCCUCCUCCCACUUUGCAGAGAAAAGAGGAGGUGGCUGAAGAGAGAAGGAUAUGAGAUUGGUUCUUUGCUCCUCCCUGUCUCUCCCUGCUUUUCCCCACACCCAUCCUCUCCCCCACAGCGGCCGUCUCCCCCACAGAGACUGGGAAGACAGAGGGGGGCGGAGUUGGGGACUGAGGGAUCAGAAGCCCCACAGUGCCCCAUAUCUGAAGGAAGCUCUGGCCAGGGGCAGCUGUGCUGGCUCAUGCUUCCCUCCUGCUGCUACCUCCUUCAGCAUGAUGCUGGGGACUCUGGGGCUUUGGGCACUGCUUCCUACAGCUGUGCAAGCACCCCCAAGCACACGGACCUGUGUGUUCUUUGAGGCCCCCGGCGUGCGGGGAAGCACAAAGACACUGGGGAAGCUGCUAGAUGCAGGACCAGGGCCCCCCAGGGUUAUCCGCUGCCUCUACAGCCGCUGCUGCUUUGGGAUCUGGAACCUGACCCAAGACCGGGCACAGGUGGAGAUGCAAGGAUGCCGAGACAGUGAUGAGCCAGGCUGUGAGUCCCCCGAUUGUGACCCAAGCCCCCGAGCCCACCCCAGCCCCAGCUCCACUCUCUUCACCUGCUCCUGUGGCACUGACUUCUGCAAUGCCAAUUAUAGCCAUCUGCCUCCUCCAGGGAGCCCUGGCACUCUUGGCUCCCAGGGUCUCCAGGCUGUCGCAGGUGAGUCCAUCUGGAUGGCGCUGGUGCUGCUGGGGCUGUUCCUCCUUCUGCUGCUGCUGCUGGGCAGCAUCAUCUUGGUCCUGCUACAGCGAAAGGCCUCCAGAGUGCGAGGUGGGCCAGAGCCAGAGCCAGAGCCAGACUCAGGCAGAGACUGGAGUACAGAGCUGCCCGAGCUGCCCGAGCUGUGCUUCUCCCAGGUCAUCCGGGAAGGAGGUCACGCGGUGGUAUGGGCUGGGCAGCUGCAAGGAGAGCUGGUAGCCAUCAAGGCCUUCCCCCUGAGGGCUGUGGCCCAGUUCCAAGCUGAGAGAGCAUUGUACGAGCUGCCAGGCCUACAGCACGACCACAUUGUCCGCUUUAUCACUGCCAGCAGGGGGGGCCCUGGCCCCCCGUCCUGUGGGCCCCUGCUGGUACUGGAACUGCACCCCAAGGGAUCCCUGUGCCACUACUUGACCCAGCACACCAGUGACUGGGGAAGUUCCCUGCGGAUGGCACUGUCCCUGGCGCAGGGCCUGGCGUUUCUCCAUGAGGAGCGCUGGCAGGAUGGCCAAUAUAAACCAGGUAUUGCCCACCGAGAUCUGAGCAGCCAGAACGUGCUCAUUCGGGAGGAUGGGUCGUGUGCCAUUGGAGACCUGGGCCUCGCCUUGGUGCUCCCUGGCCUCACUCAGCCCCCUGCCUGGGCGCCUACUCAACCCCGAGGCCCAGCUGCCAUCAUGGAGGCUGGCACCCAGAGGUACAUGGCGCCGGAGCUCUUGGACAAAACUCUUGAUCUACAGGACUGGGGCAUGGCCCUCCGGCGAGCUGAUGUCUAUUCUCUGGCUCUGCUCCUGUGGGAGAUCCUGAGCCGCUGCCUAGACUUGCGGCCUGACAGUAGACCACCACCCUUCCAACUGGCUUAUGAGGCAGAGCUGGGCAGCACCCCCACCACCUGUGAGCUGUGGACCUUGGCAGUGGAGGAGAGAAGGCGCCCCUACAUCCCAUCUACCUGGCACUGCUUCGCCACAGACCCUGGUGGCCUGAGAGAGCUCCUAGAGGACUGUUGGGAUGCAGACCCGGAAGCCCGGCUGACAGCUGAGUGUGUGCAGCAGCGCCUGGCUGCCCUGGCCCAGCCUCAGGAGGCCCACUCCUUCCCAGAGGGCUGUCCACCUCCCUGCCCAGAGGACUGCCUCUCAACUCCUCCCCAUUGCCAUUCUCCCUUGUAGGCCUCAGCUGAGUGGCUGCCAUGUCCGUGUUCAGCAAGGCCCUUGUUCCAGGAAUCCUCAACCUGCCUGUACCAUUUCUCGUGUGUAAAUAUGCAGUUUAUGUGUCAUCUAUGUAUGUGCAAACGUGAAUAUGAUCAUAUGCCCGUCGGCUCUGCCUCACCACUCCCCUUCCUACUUGCCAAAUGCUUGGAUUCUUCUGUGGACAUCCAGUCCACUGCAGUUCUGACCAGUAACUGGGGAUAGCCAUGCCCAGGAGAGCGACAAAGUCAGCUUUCCUGACUCCACAUUCUUGGACCUUCCUCCCUUCCUGUGACCCUGGGCUCCUCCUGUCUCUCUUCUCUUCCUUCUCCUCCACAAGGCUUUAUUUGUUGGGAUCUCAUGCUAGGCACUGGGGAAAGAAGGAUGAAUACAAUGAAAUCGCUGCUCUAAGAGUACUCAGAGAACUACAGCUCACUUUGUUGGGGUCCCAGGGGAGUGUCCUCUCCUGAGGCUUGAGCAGGAAGGCCUCGCAGGGCACAGGAUGCUUGAACUGGAUCUUGAAGGAGAAAGAGUUUUCCACGAGUGUUGGGGGCAGUAGGGCAUUCCUGGCCCAGGGAGGUAUAGCACCACAUGGUGUGGUAAGAAACUGUAAGUAACCUGGUAGCAAAGUGUAGGGCGUGUGGUGGGAGCGAGGUGGGGUGCUGUGGAGAACUGUAGAUAAGGCCAGGUGUGUGAGCCUGCUGCAAAGGUCUUCCUUCAUUUCUUUUUUUGUGUUUUCUCUACUGGCUUUUCUUUACCACCCCAGGCUCCUUGAACACUGGGCGCCCCUCAGGGUCAGCCCAGUUGCAGGUGUCUGGUUUAUAGUCCUAGCUUAGCUUCUAGCUACCUGAGUGCUCUGGGGCGUGUUACUUCCUCCUUCUAGGGCUUAGGUUUCUCAUUUGCCAAAUAGGGUGUUGGAGGCCUCUGGUCUAACCAAAGAGUGAUAGGAGGGCUUUGACUUCGCUACAACAGGAUUGCUUCCUGCCCAGUGACCCACUAGCUCUACAUCCUUCAGCAAGUUACUGAACCCCCAGAAUCGCAGUUUUACCGUGUGUAAAGUACAGAUAAAAACACCUCCCCUGCUUGCAGGGUCAACUCAGGGUGAAAAAGAAGCGGUGACAGGUCUCACGAAGCACCUGGCCUCAGUGGACACUCUGUAAUGGUGGCAGUUGUGACUGACGCCUGUCUAGCUUGGUUGUUCUAGAGUUCCAGGAUUAGCCUCUGGAAAGCCCAUGUGCUCUCAAGCCCUGAGACUUCCUGCACACCCAGAGCUCUAGUUCUCUAUGAGACUUCAUCACUUGGAUAGGCCGCCACUGCCUGGAACUACACACACCAAAAUCCAAGCUCCUGCCCUCCCCUCACCACCAGGUCUGCCUUCCCCCCUUCCCCUGACUCUCAAAGUUACCCAGUUUCUCUUGGUCCUAGAGGAUCCCAACAAGGAAGGUGUUCUUGCUCCUUCCUGUGGCCCCAGCUCAUUGUACCCGUAUCUCGUCAGUUUUUGAGUCCCACUGAGGUGGCAUGGGCAGGGCCUGCUUCUGGGCACCAUCUCCCUUUCCUUCUUCCUAAGCCUGGCAGGCCCCAACAACGGCAGUUGCUUCUUGGCUGCCUAUUUUCCCCCCAGUCUAGGUUAAACACUGCUCUCUGAAUAAUCUUUUUUUUUUUUUUUUGAGGAAGAUUAGCCCUGAGCUAACUACUGCCAAUCCUCCUCUUUUUGCUGAGGAAGACUAGCCCUGAGCUAACAUCCAUGCCCAUCUUCCUCUACUUAU